CGGCGAGAGCCGCGAGGGGAGGGGACAGCCGGGGAGGCAGGAAGCUGCAGCUUAAAAGGGCCGCCCGCACCCCGCUCUUCCUCCGUCGGCCACAGGCCUCCGCGCUCGCCUGCCCCGCGGCCCGCACGCACCUCCUCCGCUCCGCGGCCCCUCCACCCGCCGCCAUGUACCGCUGCCUGAGCGAAGCGCUGCAGCUGCUGCCCCGGACCGGGCCCGCCUCCGUGGCCUCGGCCGACUCGGCCGCGCUGCUGGUCCGGGCCCGCGCCGCCGCCCCGCAGCUGGGGCUCGCGCCGCCCGCCCGGCGACACUACAGCGAGGCGGCGGCCGACCACGAGGACGACCCCAACUUCUUCAAGAUGGUGGAGGGCUUCUUCGACCGCGGCGCCAGCAUCGUGGAAGACAAGCUGGUGGAAGACCUCAAGACCCGCGAGAGCGAGGAGCAGAAGCGGAACCGGGUGCGCGGCAUCCUGCGGAUCAUCAAGCCCUGCAACCACGUCCUGAGCGUCUCCUUCCCCAUCCGGCGCGACGACGGCUCCUGGGAGGUCAUCGAGGGCUACCGCGCCCAGCACAGCCAGCACCGCACGCCCUGCAAGGGAGGCAUCCGUUACAGCACAGAUGUGAGUGUGGAUGAAGUGAAAGCCUUGGCUUCCCUGAUGACAUAUAAGUGUGCCGUGGUUGAUGUGCCAUUUGGUGGUGCUAAAGCUGGUGUUAAGAUCAAUCCCAAGAGCUAUUCCGAUAACGAAUUGGAAAAGAUCACAAGGAGGUUCACCAUGGAGUUGGCAAAGAAAGGCUUUAUUGGUCCCGGCAUCGACGUGCCUGCCCCAGACAUGAGCACAGGCGAGCGGGAGAUGUCCUGGAUCGCCGACACCUACGCCAGCACCAUCGGGCACUACGACAUUAACGCGCACGCGUGCGUCACCGGCAAGCCCAUCAGCCAGGGUGGCAUCCACGGGCGCAUCUCUGCCACCGGCCGCGGGGUUUUCCACGGGAUUGAAAACUUCAUCAACGAAGCCUCCUACAUGAGCAUUUUAGGAAUGACCCCAGGCUUCGGAGAUAAAACCUUCGCUGUUCAGGGAUUUGGUAAUGUGGGCCUGCAUUCCAUGAGAUAUUUACAUCGCUUUGGCGCUAAAUGUAUUGCUGUUGGUGAAUCUGAUGGGAGCAUCUGGAAUCCAGAUGGUAUUGACCCAAAGGAACUGGAAGACUUCAAAUUGCAACAUGGAUCAAUCCUGGACUUCCCCAAGGCAAAGCGCUAUGAAGGGAGCAUCUUGGAAGCAGAUUGUGACAUACUGAUCCCUGCUGCCAGCGAGAAGCAGCUGACCAAAUCCAACGCACCCAGGGUCAAAGCCAAGAUCAUUGCUGAAGGUGCCAAUGGGCCCACAACUCCAGAAGCUGAUAAGAUUUUCCUGGAGAGAAACAUUUUGGUUAUUCCUGAUCUCUACUUGAAUGCUGGAGGAGUGACAGUGUCUUACUUUGAGUGGCUGAAGAAUCUAAAUCAUGUCAGCUAUGGCCGUUUGACCUUCAAAUACGAACGGGAUUCUAACUACCACUUGCUCAUGUCUGUUCAAGAGAGUUUGGAAAGAAAAUUUGGAAAGCACGGUGGAACGAUUCCCGUUGUACCCACAGCAGAGUUCCAAGACAGGAUAUCGGGCGCAUCUGAGAAAGACAUCGUGCACUCUGGCUUAGCGUAUACCAUGGAGCGUUCUGCCAGGCAAAUCAUGCGUACGGCCAUGAAGUAUAACCUGGGGUUGGACCUGAGAACGGCCGCCUACGUCAAUGCCAUUGAGAAAGUCUUCAAGGUGUACAAUGAAGCUGGGGUGACCUUCACAUAGAUCAUGGCCGACUUCACCACCCUCUUCACCUGUAACUUCUGCAAACCUAUCACAAGUUUACAUGUAGCCACAGAAAUCUCGCUCUCUCAUGACCUCUUAGGUAAUGGACACCAUUCUCAACAAGUCAGUCCAAAUCAGCCCCAUAAGAAGAAAGCAGUGAAGGGCUGGGGAUCAUGUACCCAGCUGGUCAGUUUGAAAGUAGGGCCAUUUGAGUAUUUUGCCUUUAAAUAAAAAGUCUCUUCCAUCUGGCUAUGCCACCUGGCCCCAUAGCUGCCUCCCAAUACAUUAAUUACCUGUUUUUCGGGGUCAGCACCUGUUGUCCAAGAGCAGCCCAUUGCUUGCAUCCUUCUGCUCUGGCCAUAUCUGGGACAUGCUAUAACUUGGAUACAUUGAAGAAGUGGUGUGUGGCAUUUUCAGAAGGUGGCAUGGUCCUAAAAUGAGUUAUUAGUAUUUCACAUCAGUAGAAUAACUCAACUUUACAGUUUGCAAACAACAAUAAAAGCUGUUUCUCUUCAUGCAUUUUAUUCUUUUAGAAUAAAAUAAGUACAUGCUGCUGUAAUAAAAUUGCCUUUAACCACUUAAUAAGCCUAACCUUGACUCAAGCAGUCAAUGCCUAGAAACAGAAAUGAAAAAAGUUAGUAUUUUUGUAACAUAAAACAGUAUCAUUUGUAGCUUAUCAAUUGUGUAUUGUUGUCCAACAAAAAUUAAAAGCCAGAUGGGGAAUUAAGUUAUCUUCAUAACUGCAGAUGAUGGAGGCUAUUUUUGUUAAGACUGUCUGAAUUUGCUAAAUGUAAUUAUGACACAUGGUCCAAAGAAUGCAGCACCGUCCUUAUCAUGUUAAUUAAUUUUUCUUUUCUUUUUAAGACCUUUUGUCUUGACUAAUUGAAUAAUAAUUCAAGUAGAGUGAGCCAGGGGAAAAAAAACACUUGGUCUGCCUGUCUGGAGAUGGGCUGGCAGGUCUGACAUUGCCAACGGCCCCACCUCCACCGACCUUCCAUCCUUCUUUCUGGAGGCCUCCCAUUCUGCACACAAGCUUCAUUAACAGUGGGCUGGAAACAACCUUGGAUCAAGUGUUUUGUUUGGGAUUUAUUUGGCCAGGGCCUUUUGAAAAGUAGUGUCCCAAUGAAGUACUAGAUAUUUAUGUAAUGAAUGAGCUUUUUUUUUUAUUAACAAUAAUAUCCUUUCAGAAAUUUGUAACUACUUUGUAACUGCAUGACAUAACCUGGUGAUAAAAGCAGUUAUUAAAAGUCUACCUUUUCCAAA